AUGGCAACCCAGUCAGCAUACAAGGCUGAAGAUUACACCGUCGGGUGGAUCUGUGCCUUGCCAGUCGAACUUGCUGCAUCAGCUGAACUUCUUGACAAGGAACAUCCUCCACUUCCCCAAGACACAAAGGACUCUAAUUCUUAUACUUUUGGGAAUAUUGGUGAGCAUAAUGUUGUCAUUGGAUGUCUUCCGUUUGGACAAAUGGGGUUGGUGUCCGCAGCAAAUAUCGCCACCCAGAUGAAAUCCCGGUUCAAGUCUAUUAGAUUUGGUCUCAUGGUCGGUAUCGGCGGCGGAGUACCCAGCGAAAUCUCAGAUAUCAGGCUGGGGGACGUUGUGGUCAGUCUCCCAAACGGCCAGAGUGGAGGUGUUGUCCAAUACGACCUUGGGAAGACGCUGACAGGAGGACAAAACAUACGGACGGGUUCGUUGAAUGCACCUCCCCAAAUUCUCUUGACGGCGCUGGCCGCCGUCGAAGCUGCCAGGAUGAGAGGAAAGUUUGACAUAGAGACAUCUCUUUCGUCACUUGGAGAGCGAUUGCCGAAAUUUGCACACCCUCGAACGUUGAAGGAUCAUUUGUACAAGUCGGAGUAUGCUCAUCUCCGAGGCGCGACGUGUGCAAACUGCCACGAGGAUCAAUUAGAAGAGCGCGAUGACCGAGAAACUGACGAUGUUAUAAUCCAUUAUGGCACGAUUGCUUCUGGAAAUCAAGUGAUGAAGGACGGAAUUGAGAGAGAUCGGCUCAGCGAUGAGCUAGGUGGAGUACUCUGCUUCGAAAUGGAGGCUGCAGGACUAAUGAAUAACUUUCCAUGCUUGGUCAUCCGAGGUAUUUGUGACUAUGCAGAUUCACACAAGAACAAGGGAUGGCAGCCUUAUGCCGCUGCAACUGCAGCCGCAUUCGGAAAAGGACUACUGGGGCUCAUACCGGCGGCUGAAGUUGUGUUGGCACCGACGUUAGACAAGACUAUGGAGCAUCUAACAGCAAUGUUCGCUGACAGCAGAGAUUUAUCUCAGAGGAUUGAGGAGAGAAUAUCGACGGCCGAAGGGGACAAGGCACUUGAGUGGUUAUCGAAUACAACCUUUUCAAAGCCACAAAACACAGCUCGCGACACUUGGACACCAGGCACAGGCCAAUGGCUACUUGAAUUGAAGGAAUACACAGAUUGGAGAAAUUUCCGUCCAGGACUAUUAUGGAUCUAUGGGGCUGCUGGGAGUGGAAAAACAGUCUUAUGCUCAACUGUGAUUGAUGAUAUUCAGCAGAAGAAGAAGAAGAUGGAAGAGCGACAGCAACAGCCACAAUUGGCUUACUGGUACUUUCAAUUCAGCAAUGACGCCACGCAGAAGGUCAGAAAUCUGUUGAGAUCUUUUAUUCGACAGCUGAGCACGGUCUCGCCGUCUGAUGGGGUCACCAGUUUAUGGCAAGACCACAAUAGGACCGGUAGCGAGCCAGGAAACGAGGAGCUCGUCGGGGUUCUUGGCAAAAUCAUCGAGAGCCACAAGAGCGGAGUCUACCUUAUCAUGGAUGCGCUAGAUGAAUGUCCUCAAACCCCUGAUCAGCCAGAGAGAGCGAGAAUGCUUUCCAUGCUACGCAGUUUAUCCACGGCACAUCCUAAUCUCCAUAUCCUCGUCAUGAGUCGGCCGGAGCUUGACAUUCACUCCGCGUUAUCGCAAUAUCCCUCGAUAGAUUUGGAGAUGUCUGUUGCAGGCGAUGUCAAGCGCUUCGUGCAGAGUUCUCUCCAUUCCGGAGACUUGAAUGUGUGGGGUACCGAACUCAAGCAAGAAAUCGAGGAUCGACUUUCAUCAUUUGAAACGAAGCGAUUUCGUUGGGCAGACUUGCAAAUUCGAAGGCUCCAAUCUUGCUAUACGAAAACUCAGAUACAAGAAGCUCUACGUACGAUUCCCGAAAGUCUGGAAGCAGCCUAUGAAGAAACUCUCAACAGCAUUCCGAGGAAAGACGCGAAAGUCGCACGCCUAAUACUCAUGUGGCUCUCGUCUUCAUUUCGGCCUAUGACAAUCAACGAAAUUGCUGCAGCCGUUGAGCUUCCCCAUCCAGAAUUUGUGCUGAAGAUUUGCACAAGCAUGCUGGUGACACUCAUACACGAGCAAACAGAUACAUUCAUCAAGCUCGCCCACUUUUCGGUCAAAGAAUACUUGGUCGCGCAAUGGGGAGAUGAAAUCCACGAAGAAAGCCCCGGCUAUCGUUUCUCGAGUGAAUUAGCUCACGCUACAAUUGGUACCGCGACUGUCUCUUAUAUUCUCGGCACAAAUGGCGCUGAUGUCUCUGGCCUUACUCUAAUUGAGAUGCCCCUGCUCUCGUAUUCGGCAGACUAUUGGUUUCCGCAUGUGGCCGCCGUUGGCGAGCGAAUUGACAAUUUUCCUCAGCUGAAAUCACAACUUGCAAAAUUCUUCAGUCCGGAGUACUACAAAAGUUAUGUCAAUUGGCACGAGAUAUUUGAUUGGGAUGAGAAUGAGCAUGGGGAAAUACCACAUGCUUCUGGCCGUGCGGUACCCGCAAGAUGCCCUUUAUAUUGUGCAUCGCUGUUUGGAUUCGAUCACAUUGUGGAGAUUCUUCUCGGAGAGGACGAAGCCAUUUCAUCAGGAGCGGGAGUUCUUGAGGAUGCAUUGAUCGGGGCGGCAAUCAAUGGACAUUCACAGGUUGUUCAACGCCUCCUGUUGGAUAAGCGCUGUUGGUUGGGGCAAGAUCACAUGAGAAGAAUCUUGAGAGGGGUUAACACAAAUACGCAUGCUAUUAUCAAGGUAUUGUGGGAGGCUGGACUUUUCGGUCCCGUCGCGGGACGAGCAAGAUGGGAUGGCUUUAACCCUUCGAUAAGCGACUGGGCUCUCGAAACAGCUGCUGGUAGCUGGAAGAACGGGUUCGAAGUUACGAAAGCGCUGCUCGACCAGAUGCGACCUUCCAGUGGUGCCCACCCCAGUCACGACGUGGUUUUGGCAGCAGUAAGGAACGGCCUGAGCGGCUGCGAGGUAACCAAACUUUUUCUGGACCGAUACGGAAAACAUCUGGACAUAACCGACCAAGUUGUUCAGGCGGCAGCGGGCAACGGCAUGAAUGGAGUAGAGGUAAUGACAUUGCUGCUAGAUCAGAGGCUAGAAGACAUCCACAUCACGAAGGAAGUGGUGAAAGAAGCCGCCAAAAACACCAAGAGUGGUAAGAGGAUUUUGUCUUUGCUACUUGAGCGAUUGCAAGACCCUGCCGCUCAAGAUCGUGAAGGUGUUUUGGAAGUCCUUGUUGAGCACUUUGAUGAUGACUUGACACAACUUUUUCUCGACCGUAGCGCAAGAGUCCAGAUCACAGCAAAAUUAUUCACAGCCGCAGCUAAGAACUUCAAGCACCAUUCGGAAAUCAUGAAAAUCCUUAUCGGACGUCAAACAGGGCACGAUCAGGAUCUGGAGGACAUGAUAGGAGCACACGGCAAAAGGAUGUCCGAAAGAUCAGCAGCCAAAGGAGCGGCAUCCACCCGUUAUGGAAAGCUGGUGAUCAAGGUGACCGCUACACGUCGGCUUCGAAAGACAAACGAUAUAUAUCUUGUCAUUGUCUUCCAGCGCAAUGAGUUCAUUUCGAAGGCUCUUUCAAUGAAGGACCGAGAUCUUGACGAGGAUAUACUUGUACCAGUUCCCAUUCGACGGUCUUACUCCGAGGCUGCCCGACGCCGACAAGGUAGCGUUGUCAGUAUCGCGGAUCAGGAAGAGUCCGAUGUCGAGGAGUUUCAGUCUUCCGAGCCAGUCACUCAGGAUGUGUCCGCAACUUUUGAUGUAGUUGACUCGGACUCACGAGUCAACAUAACAGCAUAUGGACGGGAGAACGGAAAAGAAACUUUCCUAGGUCAUAACGAGCUUGAGGUCCGCCUGACGGCUACUGAUAGCCAUCGCAUCAGCUGGCUUCCCUUGAAAGGGAGGAACGAGAUCGAAAGUGAUGCAUGGGGAGAAGUCGAAGUGGAUGCUCAUUUCCAACAAGCAGAGAUGAAAUCUUGCAGUGCUACCGACUUUCAGAUCCUCAAGCUCAUUGGCAAAGGCACUUGGGGCCAGGUGUAUCAAGUCCGAAAGAAGGAUACACAGCGGAUAUACGCUAUGAAGGUCAUCUCCAAAAAGGUGAUAGUGAGGAAGAAGGGAGUGGCUUCUAUCAUCGGACAGCGAAAUGUUUUGGUGCGAGCAGCAACUACUAACUCCCCCUUUAUUGCGAGUUUGAAAUUUGCUUUCCAAACUCCGAGUGAUCUAUACUUAGUCACCGACUAUUUGGCAGGGGGGGAACUGUUCUGGCAUCUGCAGAAGGAGGGACGAUUCAAGGAAGAGCGAGCCAGAUUCUACGUUGCUGAGGUCAUCCUCGCGCUACAGCAUCUCCAUUCGUACGGAAUCAUAUAUCGAGACUUGAAGCCGGAGAAUAUCCUCCUUGACGCAAUCGGGCACGUUGUCUUGGUGGAUUUUAGCUUGUCGAAAUUGAGCUUAAAAGCCGACACUGAUGAUCAUUUUUGUGGUACAACUGAAUAUCUUGCUCCCGAAGUCAUCCUUGACGAGGCGGGAUAUACCAGGAUGGCAGACUUCUGGUCACUUGGAGUCCUCAUGUUCGAAAUGUGUUGCGGCUGGAGCCCGUUUUACGCUGAAGACACACAGCAAAUGUACAGAAAUAUUGCCUUUGGGAAGAUCCGGUUUCCUCGAGAUGCCUUAUCGUCAGAUGGAAGAGCGUUUGUCAAAGGCCUUAUAAACCGAAAUCCCAAGCAUCGACUCGGGGCCACAGACGACGCAGAAGAACUGAAAAGGCAUGCAUUCUUUUCGGGCUUUGACUGGGAUGCACUAGAGACAAAGCGAAUACCUCCACCAUUCAAACCGCAGGUCAUGACCUCCGCGAUUACGGUGGAUAAUUUCGACCCCGACUUCACCAACGCAUUGAAUAAUACCUCGUCAAGCCUGAAUGCCAGAGCAGCUGCACUGGCAGGUGGAUGGCUGGGCGGACUGGGUGCCUCCACGCCAUUGUCACCGAGCAUGCAAGCUGCUUUCAAGGGCUUUACAUUUGUGGAUGAAAGCUUGCGAGGUGGCGGGUUCCGCGGCUUCACUUUUGUCGACGACUCGGCCUUGCAGUCGACCAUGGGUGGCUUCGAUCAGGAUACCUUGACUCACCAUGGCGGCGAUCGUGUGCAUGACGAUUCACGUGAACUCGAUAAAGAUGAAGACUGGGAGGAUAUCAAGGAUAUCAAUGAAUGA